AUGUCGAACCAAUGGUGUGUGCUGAUCUCAGCAGACGAGGGCAAGAAGAAAGAGAAGAAGUCACGCUUCCGAAACAUGCUGGACAGCUUCACAGGCUCAGAGGAAAAACGCGCCACUACGCCCACGUCGAGUGCCGCAAACGUAGCAACCGACGGUGCAUUGCACAGCGAGAUUCACGCCAUGCCAACGGAAACAGGCCAAACCACCAAGGACAAGGACAAGAAGACUAAGAAGUCGCAUGAGAGGUCACAGUCCCUGGGCGGGUUGUUACCGACUGAGGCGCCGAUAGCUGAGACUGGACGGAAGGGGCUUGCACGGCAGGCUUCGGCGUUUGAGCAGGGCACCAGUAUAGACAACAGGCCGAAAGAUAAGGAGAAAGACAAGGGCAAGCCUCACACUAACAUCUUCGGCAUCUUCACGAAAAAAGCGUCUAAACAUAAUAUUU